GGCGUGGAUCUUUGCUCACUUUUGACAUUCUCGUAGCAGUAGUAGCUUCUCCUCAAGGCAGGACUCAGAUGACACCACCCCGCCGCCGACCGGAGGAGAAACAAGGGAAGCACUCACUCUCUCUCUCUCUCUCUCUCUCUUCACUGCAGAUGAACUAUGUUUUGACACCAGGACGUGUUUAGGGGUUCAUCAAAUGAAUCAGAGCACCGACGAGCCUUUCGUGUUUUAACUGUAGCCGUGGGAAUACUUUUAAGAACAGUCUGCCCCUGACUCUCGCACCCACCGAGCGCCGGUGGCGGAAUGUGAAAACCCCAUUUUGGCGCAUGUUCCUCUCCAUUGUGCGCAGCCCUCUCCUGCUUUCUGCGCGGUUGGAAAGCGGAGGUGGAGGAGGAGGGACGGCUUUUCCCGACUCGAUCUCUUGCCUAUGGACGACGGCGGUCCCCUCUCUCCAAAGGCAAAUGCUUUCAGUAUUGCCUCUCUGAUUUCGGCUGCAGAGCAAGCAGGAAACGCAGCGUUUGACAAACACAGCACCGGCCUAGACAAGCCAGACCUGCACAACCACAGUUCCUUUAAAAUGCACUACAGCACUGUGACCCGGGAAAUGGAAGCCUUCACGACGAGCAGCCUGAGCAGCCUCAACACGCCGGGGGGCUACCACCUCUCUCCGUCCCCCGGGGACCCCUACAGCCAACAUGAGUCCCACUUCGAACCUUGCCCGGCCGCCCAGCACAACUACAACUACCCGGGGUCUAACCCGGGCCAGGCCCCGCCGAGCGACAACGGGACUCCCAACUGCUCCUCGUCGUCCUCCAACUCCACACCGAACAGCAAAACUAUAGUGAAGAAGAACCCGAAAGUGGCCAACAUUAACGUCCAGCUGGAGAUGAAAGCUUUAUGGGACGAAUUUAAUCAGCUUGGCACGGAGAUGAUCGUUACCAAGGCUGGCAGGAGAAUGUUUCCAACUUUCCAAGUGAAAAUAUUUGGGAUGGAUCCCAUGGCAGACUACAUGCUCCUGAUGGACUUCCUGCCUGUAGACGACAAACGUUACAGGUAUGCUUUCCACAGCUCAUCGUGGCUGGUGGCGGGUAAGGCUGACCCCGCCACACCAGGCAGAGUCCACUACCACCCGGAUUCUCCAGCCAAAGGCGCACAGUGGAUGAAGCAGAUCGUCUCUUUUGACAAACUCAAACUCACCAACAACCUGCUGGAUGACAACGGACAUAUCAUUCUGAACUCCAUGCACCGCUACCAGCCCAGGUUUCAUGUGGUUUAUGUGGACCCCCGCAAGGACAGUGAAAAAUAUGCAGAGGAGAAUUACAAAACCUUUGUUUUUGAGGAAACCCGCUUCACAGCGGUCACAGCGUACCAGAACCACCGGAUCACACAGCUGAAGAUAGCCAGCAACCCCUUUGCAAAAGGCUUCAGGGACUGUGACCCAGAGGACUGGCCCAGGAAUCACAGACCAGGCUCCCUGCCAAUAAUGAGUGCCUUUGCCAGAACAAGAAACCCAAUGUCAUCUCCCCCUCAGCAGAACGGCACAGAGAAAGAAGACAGUAGGCGGGAAUACGAGCGAGACCCCACCGGCACACCCAUACAUGCUGACCCAGCUCACCAACUGAUGUCCCGGGUCCUCAGCCCUGCCCUGCCCGUCCCAGGAGGCCUCCACGCCGUCCCGCUCACAAGUGGCCGACAGCCCCCCCAUGACCUUCGGCCAGACCCCCACCCUAUACCGCCGGACACCCUGCACCACCACCCUUACAAGUACCCAACCUAUGAACACUCUGGGGCCAAGACCAGGCCGUCGCCCUACCCUUUACCCGGUAUCAGAGGACACACGUACCAUCACCACAUGAACCCAGCUACAGCUAACAUGUACUCAGCCACCAGUGGCCCCUCUAACUACGACUAUGGGCCCAGAUAAUGACUGCUGUCCACCGGGGCUAACAGCACAUAGCACUGUGGGAAUGGAAAAAGGCAGGAGAGGCAGCACAGUCCUGUCUAUUGAUGGCAUAUGCAACCUCUGGGGUGCAUUUACAGGCUGAAACUCCUUUCCGCUGGAUAAACCCUGCCGUAUUUAUUUAAAGGAAACACAUCUUUUGGGGGAAGCUUGGGCACCUGCUCUGAGCCCCUGAAGAGGUCUGAUUUGACCUCUGAACCCCAAUGGCAAUAGCUCUACAUCAGGGCACCUCUUAUCUAGGUGGUGUGGACAUUGAGCCACCAAACACAAGAGACCUGAGGAACCUCUCCUUAAGACAGACAAUACCUUUGAUCACAGACUGGAACUGAUUUUUUUUUUUUUUUUUUGUGUUGGAUGCACUUUUUGAUUUGCCUUGUUUUUAUUGCUUUCAAAAAAGCCAUAUGUUAUAUAGUCCAUCAACCUUCUAGGUAGACAAGAUGUUUGCAUGUUGAGCUCAUCAGAGAAGGUGUCGAAACACAUCAAAUGUUUUUGUUUGAGGAAAAAAAAAUACAAGAUUUGAUUUUGAAACAUUCUGAACAUUUUGAGCCGCUCUGAGAAGCUUGUACCAUGGCACUGACUUGCAGCAAUACAAAGUAAAUAAAUGAAGCAGAAUGACUGUUCUGUAUCUGUAAAAUAAACAUUAAAUUCUUGUAAUUCAUAAAAAAGAA